AAACAUUUAGAUAAGAUGCCAUAGGCUACUUAAUCACAGUCUGUUUUCAAACUUUGUACUUUGGGAGAAAAAAUGAUAACUUUAUCUAAAAAGUUAAAACAGAGUGGAAAGAAAGAAACAGAUGAUGCACCUAAAAGAAUAUCAAUCAGAGACAAAUUAUUAGUCAAAGAAGUAACAGAAAUGGAAGAAAAUUUACCUAAAACUUGUCAAGUUGUAUUUGAAGAUCAUGAUAAAUUACAUAAAUUCUUUUUAAUUGUCACACCAGAUGAAAGUUACUGGCAAGGUGGGAAAUUCAAAUUUGAUAUAUUUGUACCAGAAGAAUAUAAUAUUAUGCCACCACAAGUAAGAUGUUGUAAUAGAAUAUGGCAUCCUAACAUUAGUGAGUCUGGCGAAGUUUGUCUUAGUUUAUUACGUCAAAGUUCCUAUGAUAGUUUAGGCUGGGCACCUACCAGAAAAUUAAAAGAUGUUGUGUGGGGAAUUAAUUCAUUAUUCUCAGAUUUAACAAACUUUGAUGAUCCUUUAAAUGUAGAUGCAGCAGAUCAUUAUUCUCAAAAUAAAGACUCAUUUAAAUUUAAAGUUCGAGAAUAUAUACAAAUGUACGCCAAAAGAUAAUGAAGUCUCUUUGUGUAGUUGUGUAUGUGAUAAAAGAAUUUUUUUUAAGAGUUGGAACUUUGUGAUUAGGAUAUUGUGCUGAUUAUACAGAAUGGACUUUUUGAAACAAAACUAUAAUUGAUUGAAUUUCAAACUGUGCCAAAAAGUCCCUGGAAAAAAUUGACUUGAUUUAAACUUAAAAUAUUGCUCCUGUCUCAUGAAUAAUUCUUAACACCUUCUGAUU